AUGCCAAAAUUUCCAGAAUUAGAUGAUGCCAUUGUCUUGACGAUUUGUUGGCCAGGCUCUCCAGUCUCCAUGGCGCAUAACGAUGCUGUCCCCGAGAACGGCACCACUACACUGCGCUGUGCUGUUUUGUGUCAGCUGAAAUGGGCUUUCUGCCGGGAGUCGAACCGUCAACUGGUAGGUCUCGAAGGUCAAGAAAAGGUCAAUCGACUGGCUCGAAGGGUUGCAUGGGCCGUUGCCGAGACCGACAUUCUUUGA